AUGUCCACCACAACAUUCUCCUACGCGCAAGCCGCGAGAGGCCGGGCCGUGUCCCAGCCGAGUUCGCAACAGGCAUCAAGCCCUGCUCCAUCGACUACGGGCUCGCAGACCAGAGACGAGCCUUUGAGCAGUAACACAUCGGCCACUGCACCCUCGGUUACCUCAAAUAGCACCGACAAUCGUGACACAGAUCACGCGAUUCGUGCAGGUGCCGAUGAUCCAACGCCAAAGCAGGAUUCUGAGGCUGUCUCUGGUGUUCCUGCCUCUUCUGCGAGCUCCGCCACAGAGCAAAGUGGCAAGACCACCAGGGAGGGCAGCACGACACCGGCCGAUGUUCAGAGCCAUGCUGAUGAAAAGGGAUCUCGUUCAGCCAGCCGGACCUCACGGCUUAAUGAUGGUGUCGACGGUAGAAAAGGCCGGAAGGGCAAGAAGGGUCGGGCUACCGAGAAGGAUGCCCGGACCGAGCAGCACGAUGAAGCAUCCGAGAAGGAGAAAGAGCCUGCGAAACCAGUAGUUCUCACAGAGGCAGUACCGCCUGCUGUGAAUCCUUGGACCAAGAGGAUUGAAGCUCAGAAAGCAGCAGUCAAAGCUAAGCUUGCGUCUGCCUCGCCGGAUAGUCCCACUGCGGGCAAUGAGCCGAAACAGCAGCCAUCACAGGAGGAAACCGGCGCUUAUACCACGACAUUCAACGGCAUCAAUGCGGACAAAUCUUCGCAAACAAAACCGACUGAGACAUCUCGUCCUGCUGAUUUGACACCCCGCAGAAGCGCUCCUCGUGGCAGCAGAGCCACCGACAAGGACGACAAGAGCCCAGUCUCGCUGCCCCCAGCUGCUGAUCCUUCGUCCUGGCCGGAUCCGAAGUCGGCCGCUGCACUAGAACAGCCAACUCGCAAAACCCAAGAAAAGACUGAGGCUGGUGAAAAGGAUGGCCAAGAUGAAACAGGCUCGACCCGUAAGAGGACUUGGGAGAAACUCGAGAUUGUGCCCUCGGUGCGUUUUGAGACGCAGUUCCCCAUUCGUGGCUCAAAGCCCCGCGGUGGUGCGCGAGGAGGCCGUGAAGGAGGCUCAAUGCGGGGAAGCCAUCCUGGUGCUGCCAGUACUAACGGUGCUCCUGCAUCCGGGUCCGUGAAUGACAAGGGCACACCCGUCGGGGGAUCUACAGGCCCCAGAACCACCACGAAUCGCCCCCGCGAGGGAAGCAUUCCUGCACGCACGCCAUCUCAAGCGCAGCCGCCUCACCCAUCCAAGCGUGCCUCAGUCGACGGAGCUCCCAGAGACCAGCGCAAGCCAUCCGUCUCGGGAAAUACAGACCAAGUCCGCGAUCCAAAUCCUGACACCUCAUCUUUCUCGAAGAGGGGUAGCGCAACACGAGAUAUCCGGCUUGAGAAUGGGUCGCUGGGUUCAGAUGCUGGGCAGAGCUCUGCGCGGACCUUUGCGCAGGAGCGAGCGAACAGCUUCCAGGGCAAGGGUGACUAUACCAAGGACGGGGCGCACGGCGCUGUCAAUGGGCAGCAGUAUCCAGCGCGCGACGGCCGCCAGGAGCGGGGUCGCGGCGGCGGGUACCGUGCUCGAGGUGGUCAUAAUGGGGCGCAUUCUGCGUCAGGUGCCUAUGGCGCCAACGGCCAUUAUCCCGUUCCAUCUGGCUUCUCGACGCGCCAGAAUCCCAAUCCACACAGCCCUCCUCCGUUCCCCGGCCAAUUCCCUGCAUCCUUUGGCCAUCCGCCGAGAGGCAGGGGGCACAAAUGGGCUGGUUCUGGACAGUCGUCUAGCCGCAAUAACCCCGCCGCGACCGGUUUCGUCCCGAAAUUGACACCGGUGAACGAUUAUGGAGUUGCCCCAUAUUCCCCUUACCUGUACUCACCGGUCUUCGAUCCGUCAAUUCCCAUUCUGAAGGCUCAGAUUGAGUACUAUUUCUCGGUCGAAAAUCUCUGCAAGGACCAUUAUCUUCGACAGAAUAUGGAUGGGCAAGGCUUCGUUCAUUUGUCAACCAUUGCCGGAUUCAAACGCAUGAAGGCUAUCACCGAAGACAUUGAAAUGAUCCGCUUUGCCUGCUCCCUCUCUGACCAAAUCGAGUUUGGUAUUGGCGGUGACGGAAUUGAGAGGCUGCGGAGCCGAGAAAACUGGAAACUCUUUGUCCUGCCGGUCAACGACCGGCUUGAGGCUUACCGCAAUGACGGCCCGCUCAAUUGGACUUCCUAUGAGGUACAAGACCCCCAGUACGCUGCCUUCCCGGCUCCUUUCGUUCCUCAAGCGUAUCCUACAUCGGCCGGUGCCUACACUGCCUUUCCCCAGGAGCAGAUGUUCCAGCCUCCCUAUGUUAACGGGACCCACUACGAGCCUGUUGUCAAUGGCGGAAUGAACGGCCAUCGCUAUGGUCAGGAUUCUCGGUUGUCAGCCGGUGUUCCGGAGUACGCGCCACCGGAAGCUCCUGUCACUCUGGAAAGCAUGACAAACUUUUCAGACUCGCAGGUGGAGAAUUUGAUGAUGAUCCUGAGCUAUGAGGAGAGGGAUGAUGCAGGCUCGGCUGGUGCCGCCGGUGUAGCAGGCUAUGUUUCGGAUCGCCACCGCGUUCCGGGCAAUGACGCCCUCAGCGGCUCUCAAGCUCAAAAUGUCAAUGGGGAUACGGCAAAUGAGCUUGCUGAGCACGACCGGUCCGAGCACAGCAUCGUCUGGGUCGACGCACAAAGGGUUGGUUCCAGCAAGGAGCAAAGGGAUCGUCAGCCUUACACCGAGAUUCGCAGGAUGGCACUUGAGCAGCGCCAAAAGGCAGCGCCUGGCGAGACCCCCCGGGAGAUGGAGAAGCUGUACAAGUUCUGGUCCCGGAUGCUGCUCAAUGACUUCAAUGCUAAGGUGUACGAGGAGUUCAGAACGCUCGCUCUUGAAGAUGCCUCACGCGAAGCUCCUCUUAGGUGCGGGCUGAAGUAUCUGCUUGAGUUCUACGACAGACUUCUGCUGAAAAGCAACGCUCGCAAGCCGUGGCCGAGCGACCGGGCUGUGCCCGAGAUUUUCACGACUCAUUACAACGAGGCUGCGGAGCUUGACCGAAAAUGCGACAGCCAGGACGUCGCGGCAAACUGA